UGAUUAUGAUAUGAAUGAAUAUGUUUAUGUUUGAUUUCCCGCCUCGCCUCAUUCAAUACAAAUAAACUUGCAAAUUGCAAUGCUUAGACUCUAUUUAAAUUAAUAUUUUUUGAUUUGUGUUAUCAUUAGCAUUGUAUACUAACUUCAAGAUCACAAUGAAGUUUCGCGCGGUUAUGAUCGACGCGGGACCUAUGAGAGAAUUUACAAACAUCGUGUCUACAAUCUCGAAGCUAUGCAAGGAGUGCGUGCUAAGGUUGUCUAGCGAUCAACUGUACUUUAUAGUGAGUGAUGAGAACUCAGGUCCCGCACCUCCAAUACUUUGGUGUGAGAUUCCACAAGCCAUGUUCUUUUCUGAGUACCAGAUGGUGGGUCUCGAUGAAGAGCACAAGGAUAUUUACUUAGGUAUUAGUUCAGCCAGUCUUGCAAGAUCCCUAACAACACUGAAGUCAGCCAAGUCAUUGAAACUGAAGUUAACAAAGAAACAAUGCCCAUGCCUUACUUUAGAAAUAGAAGUGCCCUCGUCCACAUCUAUGCAAACCAGGCAUGUGACACAUGACAUACCCGUAGCGGUGAUACCGAGGAAAAUGUGGUCCGACUUCCAUGAACCUACAAUACCCAAACCCGAUAUAACCAUAGAGCUACCAACCCUCAAACAGGUCCGCACGACCAUAGAGCGCAUGAAGAGUAUGGCGUCAGAGGUGACGGUGCGCGCGGCGGCGGCGGGGCGGCUGGCGUUGCAGAUCAGGACAGACAUGGCCACUGUGGCUACAAGGUUUAAAGGCCUAAGGGUGGAGGCUUUUGAGGGGCCAAUCGACCACUCCGACUCUGAAUCAGAAUCUCAGACAAACGAAGACAUAUCCACCACCUGCUACUGCAGAGUAGACGCUAAGAAACUGUCCAUGUUUCUGAGUUCAGAACAGAUCUCACACAAUCGCACUCUGUGUAGUAUUGUGCAUAAGAAACUGUUGAUACUGAGUUUGCAUACUGAGGAAAAUGUUACGCUGCAGUGUUUUAUUACUGGUAUUGUUUAUUAGUCGAUGUUAAUGUUAAUAUAGUAUACACUUUUGUACCUUGUCAAAAUGAAUCUUUAAUAAUUAAUAUGCAAGGAAGUAAUUAUUGAGGUACUCGAAUCUAUAUUGCAGCCAUUUAGCUAUGACAAAACAGUCAAUUUGGAUGUUAAAAAUAUGAUUUAUGAUGCUGCUAAUAAUAGAAGUUUUGAAGAAUUGAUCGUUUGAAUGCUAUAUUUAAAAUUGCUCUGACUUUGGAAUUGCGUGUAUUGAUAAUACUAAAGUGUAUUUUAAUUAAGUUUCAAUAAUUUUCAUUGUUAGUCUGUGUCUGUUAGUGUUUUUGUAUUUCCAUUCCAUUAAUUAGAUUUAUUUAUUGUUAGAGUAA